AAAUCGCUUCCAAUUUCUUCAUCAUUACCAAAUUCUUAUACAAUCAAUAUAUAAUAAUAAUAAUAAUAAUAAUAGCCUAAUACACAUUAAUAAUCAUUACUCUAAUAAUAACCAAAUUAAAUUCAUUCAUUCUAUUUUUUUUCAUUUUUCAAUUCUUAAUUCUUAAUUCUUGGAAUUCCUGCGGUGUUCAAUUUUUGUGAAACGCUGCAGCAAUGGGAACGUGGUGGGGUGAAAACGACGUCGUUGAAGAUGAAGAUAUAGAUAUUGAUGUUUGUGUUGCCGCCGAUGGUGAUUUAUGGGUUAGCGUUGGUUCAGCCGGUGCUCCGAUCGGAAAAUUCAGCGUUGAAAGUGAACAUGAUUUGGCUAAUAUGGUUACCGAUUUUCUAGAAAAUGCUGGAAGUUUUGGUGCUGAUUCUUGGUGUAGUAGUGAUAGCGAAUCUUGUCUCUCUGAUUUCUCUCAUCUUGCUGAAAAAAUUCAGAUCUGUAAGCGAUCGGUGACUCAACAUGAGAGCGACUUGAUCACAGUUGUUCAUUCUCUCAUACGAUCGAUGAAAGAGACCAACCUUGAAAUGAUGAAUUCUGGUCCAUGUUAUGCAAGUUGUAUGAGGUUUUAUUUGGCGAAGUUGAUGAGACUUUCUGGCUAUGAUGCCAGUGUUUGUACAUCUAAGUGGCAGCCUAUUGGCAAGAUCCCUGGAGGUGAUCAUGAAUAUAUUGAUGUGCUGGUUGUGAAUAACUCUGGAAAAUCAGAGCGAUUGAUUAUUGAUAUCGAUUUUCGAAGCCACUUUGAAAUAGCUAGAGCUGUUGAUUCAUACAACAGGAUACUGAAUUCGAUUCCAGUUGUUUACGUGGGUUCCCUUACUAGACUGAAACAGUUUCUUGGAAUUAUGGUAGAUGCUACUAGAUCUUCUUUGCAACAAAACUCUAUGCCACUUCCUCCGUGGCGGUCUUUAACAUAUCUACAAGCCAAGUGGCUAUCACCCUAUGAAAGAAUCACACAUUCAGAUAGUGUCAUUAAUAUUGGCCAAGAUGGCAAUUACUUCGACCACAAGCAAUGUCGUGGACAUUUGAAGAAGCUGCAAUCAUGUCUUCAGGCAGGAACGGAAGUAGAUCGAAUGUUGAAGGCUCGAAAUACUGAAAGUAACAGGAGGAUGAAACCUGACAGAUGGAGGCACUCGUUGCUCCGGCCUAUUUGACACAUGUACAGACUUUGGCUUUGAGGCUCUCAAAAUAGAGAGCGAAUAAAUAUAAAAUACAAAAUUUUGCGGCUUUUUUUCCCCUAAACAAAACCUUCUCACACAGCUACCUAAUAAAGAAGCCUUACCAGCAGCAAUAAGGCAAUUUUCAAUAUGCAUCCAUUCUUUGUUUCUUAUCGGUGUUUGAGGUAUCAUAUUUGCGGAGUCUUGAGUUUUUUCCACCCAGAAAGUUGAGUUUAUGAACUUUAUGCAGCGGCAUCGUCACACGGUACAGUGCUGGGUAUAUGUACUACAUCUGAUAACUUCCUUGCCUCGUAUAUUUAUUGGGACAUGGAAAUUUUGUUAUAUGUUAUGUUCUUUUUUUUUUUUUAUAUAUAUAUAUAUGUUAUAUGUUAUGUUCUAUUUUAUAAUAUGUAUUUGUAAUUUCAUCACUAUUAUAUUUGGAACUGUGGUUAAUAAUUGUUUGAUCUUUACCUGCUGAAAAAAAAAAUUGAGCACAACGCUGAAACUUGCUUAUUCAGCUACA